CCUCCGCUUCUUCCUGCCUCCGCCGCUUUCUGCUGAGCUACGUCGGCCGAGCCAAGCAUCGUUCCGCCGCCGCUGGAUGCCAGGUGAUGCUCUGAGGGUGGCCGUUCACAGAGACCCCCCGCUAUGCACUGCUGGAGCCCGCUGCGAGGCUUCUAGGUUCCCCGUGCGGUGGCAGCAGAGGCCGGGUGCAGACACCAGGAAGCUGAAGAAGAGAGAAGUGAGCGGAGCGGACAGACAGACAGGAGGCCACGGUUUCCCCCUCACACACCACACACAUCACCACGGCCUUGAUGGUGAUGUAUGCAAGGAAACCAGCAAGAGUCAGCGAUGGGUGCAACGACAGAAGGGAUUCCCAAUCCUAUCAGACCCAUAAAUCUCAGCCAAAGAGCCAGUCCAGCAGCCUACACCGCUACGACAAGGUGCGCGAUGGCUCCGCGGAUCCCACGCCCCCUUACAAGGUGCUGCGACGGUCAGACGAAAGUCCUGUCAGCAGACAAGGAGACAGCGCUGGGCAUGGCAAGGCAAAAACCUCUCACACAGUUAGAGGAAAAAAUGGGACCAGCAGCUCUCCUCAGGAGAACUCCCACAACAACAGCUCCCACCAUGGCUCCGACUCGCAUGCGACUCAGAGCAAGCCUGCAGACAGGGAACCAGCAGAUGACUGGACCGAGCACAUCAGCUCCUCGGGAAAGAAGUAUUACUACAACUGUAGAACUGAGGUCUCCCAGUGGGAGAAGCCAAAGGACCUGUUGGAGAGGGAACAACGACAGAAAGACCCAGUCAAGAUGCCGGCGAACAGUUUCCCUAGGGACAUGGACUACAGACAAGAGGCCUUGCAGGACAAAGCCACAACAAAGACCACAUCAGGGGACCAGUCCACAUCAUCCAACUCCGCCCAUUCCUCCUCUUCUUCUCAGAGCCUGAACUCCGCUCCUGGUGCUUUAGGUUCCACCUCCUCCACCAUGUCCUCCUCAUCAUCCUCCACCUCUUCCUCCUUGACGGGACAGUUGCUCCAGUGUGUCCAGUCCCCUUCACCGGCGCUGCUGCAGGACCCAGCUCUGCUACAUCAGCUCCUCCCUGCUCUGCAGGCGACUCUGCAGAUGAAUAAUGGCAGUAUGGACAUGGCUAAGCUCAAUGAGGUCUUGGCCGCUGCUGUCACCCAAGCUUCCUUGCGGUCUGUGCUUCAUAAGCUCCUCACUGCUGGACCUGCUUUCAACGUCAGUGCUCUGCUCGCAGCUGCUCAGCACUCCAACCAAGCCCAGCACUCCAGUCAGUCGCCUGUCUCUCUGACAUCAGAUGCAUCAUCACCCCGGCCGUACGUGUCACCACGGAACGGCACGCCACAAAACAACCAGAAAUCCCAUGGGGGCAUGCAUCCCGGGAACAUCUCUUCCUCACAAACAAGGGGCAGUAUGUCUUCGGGUAAGCAAGGAUCUGUCUCCCUGUCUCAGAGCGUGGAGAAGCGUCCAGAAGACCCCAGAAUUCUCCAGCAGAGAAACCAGGAGAUGCUGUGUGCGGGAUCAAACGUAUCCGGUUCUGCCUCGUCCCAUGCGGGCUCCAGCAGCACCAGCCAAUCCCAUUCUGACAUCCCCAGCACCAUCACUCCAUCACUGGCAGCUUAUUUCGAUGAGAACCUCAUCAGACAUAUCCAAGGAUGGCCUUCAGAGAACACGGAGAAACAGGCGGCUCGGUUGCAUGAGGACAUGCACAACAUGGGCAGCUUGUACAUGUCUGAGAUCUGUACGGAGAUGAAAAACCUGCGCUCCCUGGUCAGAGUGUGUGAAAUCCAGGCCACACUGAGGGAACAGAGAAUCCUGUUUCUGAGGCAGCAGAGCAAAGAGCUGGACAAGCUGAAGAACCAGAACUCCUACAUGUCGUAGGAAAAGAAAGGACUUGGACGGACGGAUUCAAAUAUUGAUAAGAAAGAGGAGUAGACAUGGACAGCGAGCUGCUGCAGCCUGUUUCUUCUUCCCUGUAAAAGCAGCGGCAGACUUGGUGAAGCUUCACCAUCCUGAACGUCAUCUUUUCUUUUCAUUCUUUUUUUAUUUUUAAUUUUUACUAUGUCCACAUCAUGAAUUGCUCUUGCUGAAAGGUGAAACUGAGUUGGACACUUUCACCAAGUGGACAUAGAGGACCUGAGGCUCUUUGCAAACAGCACCUUUUCGGACUGUGAAACGUUGGCUUGUGUGUAUUGUAUUGGGUUACCUUGUUUUUCUGGUGUGUUUUUUGAUGUGUAGUAGUCAGGAAGAGAGUCGCUCUUGGAAAACUGAACUAAAAUAAAUCAUCUCAUAAUAAUAAUAAUUGGUGUAACACAAUUCUCAGGGGGGGGAGAACAAACGCAUUCACUCCCCAAUUGUAUGAAAUGGACUUAGUCAUGGAUUAAAAUGUACGGAUUCAAUAGCAGUGAUGUUACUAAUGUUCUUUAUUUUUAUUCCACCGUAAUCGUCGGUGGUUUUACCAUCUUGUCUUCAAGCUGGUUUGUCUUACAUGUCGUGACAUGAGAUCAGCGAAGACCCCUGACCAGAGCUUGCUUUCAGGAAUAACAAAUUCACGGAGAGGCUAUGGUUAGUUAUGUCAAACACAGAUGGUUUGAAGCCAUUUUGAAAAAGCCUACAUUUUUGGACCUAGGUUGGCUGCUUGUACAUGAGGUUGUAUUCCUUUGAAGCCUUGCUGGCCAUUUUCUUAUCCCUUCUUUUUCGUCUCUUUUGUAUAAUGGUCGGCAUUUUGUUUCUCCCCCAAGUCUGAUUUGGGGGAAAUAUUUCAUUCCUUUAGUGCAGCUUAGCAAAGAUUGUGUAAAACAAUAGAGAAGUGACUGAAUUUACAUGAUGUAAAACUAAAUUAUUGUUGCACAUGAUUGAUUACGUCCUUGUAGUCAUAACGACAAAGAUGGAUGGAAAGAUGUUUUAUUUUUUUCAACAAGGAAUCUCACAUUUCGCUCGUGCUUCAUGUUCAGCUGUCAACUGACUCUUCAACCAGGCUACUUUUUUUUAAAGGGUUUAUUCAUCAUGAUGAGAGGGUUUCCUUUUUAUAUGAAGACAUCACAUUAAACUCCAGUCGUACACUUAAACACCCGUAAAGCAGAUUCCUUUUGUCUCUUGGCUAUUGUUUUUCAUUGUCCUUAAAAAUAGUUUCCACCAGAUCUGAUGUGCACACUUUUUGGGGUGGGGAUGGGGGCUUUGUAUUCCAUAAAAUAUGAGAAUAAAAUAUUAUACCACA